UUUUUAAAAUAAAAUACCCAUAGUUCUCAAAGUAAAUCCUAAUCUUUUUUGUGUUUUUUUUAAACCUCUUUCUUUGCAUUAAUCUACUUGUUGGUUUUUGCUGUCUGUCUCUUGUCCAACUCAACUCACAUUAUUCACAACAUCAUGUUAUCAUUAAGCAUUCCCCUCCUCCGCUCUUUCUUCUUUGGUAUUUCUGUGUGGCAUGAACUUUGACUAGUUAUAGCUUUGCCUUAUUUUUUUCUUUGUAGGUUCAGUUUAUUUAUCUGAGUCAUAGUCCUGUAAUUGUUUUUAUUCAUUUUCUAAUCAGUACUUGGGUUUUCUUUAUCAGCUCAAUGAAACUUUGAAAUUAAAAAAAAAAUGAACUGGUGAAGGACCAGCUAUUAAGUGGCAUCAACACAACACUUUUAAUAUUUAAUAUAGUAAGCAUAAAAUGAUUACUAUUUAAUAAUUAACUUUGUUUUCCUUCUUUUUACAUAUACUUUUAUGACAUGCCUGCUACUGAAAUGUGGAUGUGUUACAAUGAUCUGAUAAUGGUGGCCAUAUGGGAAAAUUGUGGAUAAUCAACUAUGACUACAGAAUCUGGUUCAGACUCUGAAUCCAACGAUCAGGAUCAAGAGCAGAAAGAAACAUCUGGGCAACAAGAAAAAGUAACUCAAGAACAGCAGCCACAGCAAGUGAAGGAAGAGCACCAGAAUGCAUUAGAACAAUUUCCCAGUGUUGCAGCCCAUAGCACUCCUGUAAAAACGGAACAGGCCACUGACAAAGAACUUGAAGUUGCCGCCGCAGUGGCAAAGCAGCUGGAAUAUCAGCAGUUUGAAGACGAUAAACUCUCUCAAAAAUCAUCCUCAAGCAAACUCUCCCGAUCUCCUUUAAAGAUUGUGAAAAAACCAAAAAAUAUGCAGUGCAAAGUAAUCCUUCUGGAUGGCUCUGAAUAUGGCUGUGAAGUAGAGAAGCGCUCAAAGGGCCAGAUUCUUUUUGACAAAGUAUGUGAGCACUUGAACCUCUUGGAAAAAGAUUAUUUUGGACUCACUUACAGAGAUAUGGAAAAUCAGAAGAAUUGGUUGGAUCCAGCUAAAGAAAUUAAAAAGCAGAUACGAAGUGGUGCUUGGUAUUUCUCGUUCAAUGUUAAAUUCUACCCUCCAGAUCCUGCCCAACUUUCUGAAGAUAUUACAAGGUAUUAUCUCUGCUUGCAGCUGCGAGAUGACAUUGUGUCUGGACGAUUGCCAUGUUCUUUUGUCACACUUGCACUAUUAGGCUCCUAUACAGUUCAGUCAGAGCUUGGAGAUUAUGAUCCUGAUGAAUAUGGGAGUGACUAUGUCAAUGAAUUCCGCUUUGCACCAAAUCAUACUAAAGAAUUGGAAGAUAAAGUAAUAGAGCUUCAUAAAAGCCAUAGGGGAAUGACACCUGCAGAAGCAGAGAUGCACUUUCUGGAAAAUGCCAAAAAACUGUCUAUGUAUGGAGUAGAUCUACAUCAUGCCAAGGAUUCUGAAGGAGUUGAAAUCAUGUUAGGUGUCUGUGCAAGUGGUCUCUUGAUUUAUCGAGACAGACUCAGAAUAAACAGAUUUGCUUGGCCUAAGGUUCUCAAAAUUUCAUAUAAGAGGAAUAACUUCUACAUCAAAAUUCGACCAGGUGAAUUUGAGCAGUUUGAAAGUACAAUUGGAUUUAAACUACCAAAUCACCGUGCUGCAAAACGUUUAUGGAAAGUAUGUGUUGAACAUCAUACAUUUUUCAGACUCUUGCUACCGGAAGCUCCUCCCAAAAAAUUCCUCACCCUGGGUUCCAAGUUCCGCUAUAGUGGAAGGACACAAGCCCAGACCAGGAGAGCAAGCGCACUGAUUGACCGCCCUGCCCCUUACUUUGAACGUUCCUCAAGUAAGCGCUACACGAUGUCUCGCAGCCUAGAUGGGGCCUCAGUGAAUGAAAACCAUGAAAUGUACAUGAAGGAUUCUAUGUCUGCUGCAGAGGUUGGUACUGGCCAGUACGCUACAACAAAGGGCAUCUCUCAAACAAACUUGAUAACUACUGUGACCCCAGAGAAGAAAGCAGAAGAAGAGAAAGACGACGAACAGAUACAAAAGAAAGAAGAGGAAGGCACUCCAGUUUCAGCAAUACGGCACGAUACUAAGUCACUUUUGCCUGACAUUGAUUCAUUACCCCCCUUGCCGUCCUUACCAAAUAGUCCCUUUGCAUCUUCAACAAAACUCCAUAGGAGGAGGUUUAAGGAGAAUAGUAAAAAAUUAUUAGAUGGUGAAUCAUUAAAAAACACCAGUCAAAAGCAGGAUGAGACUGAUUUGAACUUCAGCAGAAAAGGAAGAGCUUAUUCUAUGGAACAUGACAUGGCAUUUAAUUAUAAGCAAAAGGCCAGAAAAGGUGGAACAUUGUUUUCUUUCUCCUUGCAACUUCCAGAAUCAUUCCCUUCUCUCCUGGAUGACGAUGGCUACUUAUCCUUUCCAAAUCUGUCUGAAACAAACAUUCUGCCACAAAGUGUGCAGCAUUUCCUUCCCAUUCGCUCACCUUCCCUUGUACCUUGUUUCCUUUUCAUCUUUUUCUUUUUGCUUUCUGCUUCUUUCUCAGUACCCUAUGCUCUCACUCUCUCCUUUCCCUUGGCUAUGUGCCUCUGCUUCCUGGAGCCCAAGGCGGCCUCCUUGAGUGCUUCACUUGAAAAUGACCUGAGUGACAGUUCAGACGAAGAGACUGACAGUGAAAGAACUGACACUGCAGCAGAUGGUGAAACCACUGCCACAGAGUCAGAUCAGGAGGAAGAUGGUGAUCUCAAAGCACAGUUUUUUCAGAAUAGUCUGAUUAAGCGCAUACAGGGUGAAAAUGUGUAUAUCAAACAUAGUAAUCUUAUGUUAGAGGAACUAGAUAAAACCCAGGAAGAUCUGAUAAAACACCAGACGAAUAUAAGUGAGCUGAAACGGACAUUCUUAGAAACCACUAGAGAUAUCUCAGGGACUAAUGAAUGGGAAAAGAGACUUUCAACAUCACCAGUCCGGCUUGCUGCAAGACAUGAAGAAGCCCCUAUGAUUGAACCACUUGUGCCUGACGAGACCAAAGAAGAUAAACAAAAAUCUGAAAAACGUAUAUUUUUACAGAAGGAAAGCAUGACACAUCUUGAUUCUCAGGGCACUGAGGAUUGGGUUAUUGUAGACAAAGUACCCAUUGAGGUAGUUGAUGGUCAAUCGAAAACCAUUGUGACAUACAAAUUAAUGACUAUGAGCAGUAAAACUGGUGACAUCCCACCCGAGCUUUUAAAGCACAGUAUCACUGACAUACAGAGCUUUGAGGACUUGGAAGGUGACUUGCUUUCAAAAGAUGACAAUAAACAGAAAAUGUAUACCUUAGGAAAAUCCUAUGAUACUGUUUCUGGAAAAAUUGUAACCAUGACCACUAAAGUAAAAGAGGGAGAAAAAAUGGUCCUGCCAUCAUUUCAAAACACAGAGAUGGCAAUGCCAGAAUCUGUGAAAGUCAUUCCUAUAGUAGCAGAAUAUGAAAUUCUAGAACCAGUAACUGAUGAGAAAGCCAGAAGAUUAUCUGAUGCCAAAAGGAGGGUCUCUGAGUCCUUGACACCAAUUAAAGAAGCAGACUCCCGACUACAAAGUCCAGAAGAAGAAAAUGUGAAGAAAAUACGGAAGGCAGAUGAAGAUUUGCAGUUGCCCAAGAUUCUGGGAAGUGUACAGACAGCCAAAGCUGAGAAAUCGCUUGAGAGUGAACAACAGAAAGGAGAGACUUUUGGUUGGAAAACUAAACCUGAGAGGAAACAUGGCAGAGAGCCACCUUUCACUAUUGCUACUGCUCACUAUGUCACUGAGUCAUCAGCAUCAAAAGUAGUGACAAAACAACUCUCCGAUGAAAAAUCUUUGGAUGGUUCUGGUAUCUUCACAUUAAUAGAAUCUGCAAGAAAACCAACUGAGUUCAUAGGAGGGGUUACAACUACUUCACAUAGCUGGGCACAGCGAACAGAAACACACACUGAUCAGGAAAAGAAAACAGAGGAACAACAGCAGGAGGCCACCAAGAAGGUUGUGCAGGAAUCUUUAAUAGUCAAGGAGAAACAUGUGAUGAGUUUGCAUGCAAGUGAGGAUGCUGCUAAGUUGGCUGGCCUUCAGCUGGAUGCUACAGCACAGACAAUAUCUCAUGUGGCUUCUAGCAUUAAAGGGAAAGAGGGCUCUGCUAUCACUGAGGGGGCUAAAGAGGAAAAAACUGCAAUCCAACAGGAAGAAACUGCUACUAUUUCUCAUGAUCUACAAGAGGAGCAAAGUAAAUCAGCCUAUAUUUUGAAUACGCAAGAAAGCAAACCUCUUUUUGAGUCACCCAUUGUAAAGACUGAGGCAGUCAGUUUUGGCAGUGCUUCUACAGGUCCAGAGAAAUUGGAAAUUUCUGUGAAAGAAGUACCUGUUGUCCAUACUGAAACAAAAACUAUUACAUAUGAAUCAUCUGAGGUGGAUUCUAGUGCUGAUUCUGAACCAGGAGUUCUAAUGAGUGCACAGACUAUUACUUCUGAAACUACUAGUACUACAACUACUACACAUAUCACCAAAACAGUGAAAGGAGGCAUUUCAGAGACAAGAAUUGAAAAGCGAAUUGUGAUAACGGGUGAUGCAGACAUUGACCAUGAUCAGGCGCUGGCUCAGGCAAUUAAAGAGGCCAAAGAGCAGCACCCUGACAUGUCAGUGACCAAAGUAGUGGUACAUAAAGAGACAGAAAUCACACCAGAAGAUGGGGAGGAUUGACUACAGGAUUAGAGUAGCUUUCUAUGAACUUCAUCACUGGGAAUAUCAGAGCCUGUAUGGAGUCUUGGUUCUAACCCAGCUGACUUGCAUCUCUCCAGAGAAAUUUUCAAUGUGGAAGAUUUUGAUUUUAAUUGCUAAUUAAGGACACUUGCAGAAAUCCCCCAGUUACAGCAAUUUGAAUCAGCUUUAAUAAUCUAAUAAUUGCAUGAAACAACAAAUUACAAAAAAGCAGCAUUUUUAUUUUCCUAAAUCAACUUUACAUCUAAAUGGCACGUUCAUCAACAGUUAAAAUAAUUGUAUUAUGCUACACAUAAAACAGCUCAUGCCUUUACUAUUAUUGAGAGUCUAAACACAGUUUCUUGGGGUGCAAAGUUUUGUUUAGGGAAAAUUAAGAUCACACUACAAUACUAGAAGUGUACAGGUACUAUAUAUAUAUGUUUUAUUACAUUAGAUGUGCCAAUAACAUACUUUAUUCGACAAAUAACUUGAAUCAUAUAUUUGUUAUAAUUUGGUUUUAUUAUUUUUGUUCUAUAAACAAUGGUGAAUCUCUAACCUUAUUUAAAUGCUUAUAAAAUAUAUGUUUUGUUUAUCUGUUUUGGGACCCUUAAUAGCUAAUGAUUUUUAGAAUUGUUAAAGUUAGAAAUCCUGCCGUCACUUUUCUAAAGUCUCAAUCUAUAAAUUUGCAUUGUGAUUAUUUUGAAGAAAAUGUAUAUUUUCCUUAGCAUCUCAGAAAUGUUCAUCUUGAAAAGAUGAUUUUUCAAAACCAAGUCCUGUCCACUCUCAGACAAAGAAGUUUCUUUUGCAAGUCUAGUCAGUGUUCCUUACUUAGGUCAGAGUUAAGCCUUAAACCGUACAGAACACUUAAAAAGCAUUAUUUCAUUUUUAUUAUCACAUCAAUUUAAAAGGAUCCAAUGUUCUUUAUGCUGUCAGUUUCAUCACAAUACAUGGCGAAUGUAUGUUUCUGCAAAGUAAAAUAAAAGUGGUAAAUGCA